AUGAAUGAGAAUAUAUGUUAAUAUUGUAAAAUGAUAUUUGAAUCAAAUGAAUAAUUGGCAAAUCAUGUUAAAAGAGUAUUAAAGCAUAAAUAGAGGAUAGUUUUGUAUAAAUUCUGAUUAUGGUAAUUCAAAUAAAUUGGAACAGAAACAUGAUUAUGUAACAAAAUCAGGAUAUGCAGAAUUGAAACCAAGUGUAAAACAGUAGGAUCCACCAUCAGUUAAGAAUUAAGUGGAUAUACAUUAGUAUGUAGAUUUAAUAAAUCAGGACUAAAUAAAAUCUAAUCUUAAGACUAAUGAUGAUGAUUUUAAGAAUUUAGAAAAUGCAGUAUUGACAAAGAGAGAGGAUGAAUUAAUUGAUUAAAUAGAUAAGUUAAAGUAAGAUAGAUAAUAAAUGAGAGUGGUUAAUGAUUAAGAUGAACACAUUUAUUCAAUUCUGUUACAAGAAGUAGAAUUAAAGAUGGAGAGAGAAUUUCAAUGUAGAAUUGAAAAAGAACAAAUUCGUAAAGUGAUCAAUGAAAUAGAUUCAUGGAAGAUGUCAGUAUUAGAAGAAUAAAAGAAAUAGAUACUUGAAAAACUAUUAGUAAAAAGAGAAGAUUUGAAAAAUAAGCAAUUAUAAUUAAUAGAAGAUAUAAGAAUAUAUACAAGAGGACAUAAGACGUUCUUUUCUAUGGAAUAAGCAUAAAGAAUUACCGAUAAUAGAAUAAUAGCAUCCGCUUAAUAUUCAGAGGCUAAAUAUAAUUAGUUAAAUUACACACAAGAUUAGAAUAUUUGGAUGCAGAGAGAAAUAGGAUUUUGGAUAAUUUAGAAAGAAUCAAAUUAGGUGAUUUUGGAGAAGUCAGAAGAGGAGAGUCAUCAAAGAAUAGUAUAAGAAAUAGCUAAUAAACAUUAAAUGAUUAAAGUUAGAUAAGAAAUCAUUAGAAUUAUGAAGAGAUUGCUAGAAUGAAAGAGAAGAUAGCAUAAGAUGCUUAGAGAUUAGAUCAAUUGAAAAGAGAAUAAAUGGAACGAGUAGAUAGAUUAAAAACAGCUAGACCUUAAUCUCAUUUAUCAAAUUAAGGGAUAGAUGAAUUAUAAUAAUUAAAGAAUGAUUAUUGA